AUGGCCAACUCAAACAAAAAGAUUUUACGAAGUUCAAGAUCUAGUGAUUAUUCAAGCAUCAGUAAUGACUAUGGUGAAGCAGCAUUUGUGAUUUCUGGGGUAUUGGUGAGCAUAAAAGAAAUGAAGAAAUCUAAUGUAAAAGAAGUGAUCAAUUGGCUAGCUGUGUCUUGA